GCCAUCCUCUUGUUUCCAUCGCGCCGCAUCUGCGACCCCAACGACCCUGGGAGUUGUCCCUGGUCCAGCGGCCGUGUGCCAAGCCAUGAACUUCCAUGAACUGUCAUGAGCUGCCAUGGGCUGCCAUGGGCUGCCAGCAAUGCAAUGGCAUGCCAGGCGGGAGUCUUUGAUCUCCUUGGCCCUGUUGCUCCUCCUCGCAACCCAGCCUCGGACGAGCUGCUCCUCGUCUGCAGCGACAUCGCCCGCACCUCCACAGAGACAAUGGGCAGUGGUAUUGUUGGCCCUGAUUGGGAUGACGGCCUCGAUGAUUGGCAAUGCCCAAAGAAUGCGUCGCCGCCCGAUUGUUCGUCCGUCGCUUGGCGAUUUCGCAAUCCCCUUCUUCGAAGCGGGCCUGUGUGUCUUUCUGCCUCCGCCGUCGACAGCCCCCACGCCAGUCUUUGAGCCGUCGAUUGCCUCCGCUCUUGCCGGCAUCGGUCCGCUCUGCUCUGUUCUUCUCUGUUCUUCUGUCCUGUCGCCUGUACCAGCACCCCAGGCUAUUUGCGGGUCACUGUCCACUAGUCUCUACCUCGCCUCCAGCGUUCCCUACUCCAUAGGGCCUCAAGCCGCAGCUAUGCCAGUCAUCUAUCUGUCCAUCGGUGGCUCACGAGACGAGGCCGUCGAGCUCACUCCAGACCUGAGCGAGAGCGAGGUUCGAGAGCUGCUGUGCUCCGCCGCCGAUACCCCUGAAUCGAGCGAUAUCAUCAUCAAGCUAUACAACUCGGCCGGGGCACUGAUUCCCAUCGGGUCGAAAAUCGCGGCCAACACCCCGUCAACACGCUACAAGCUCGUCUUGGCAAAGAGUCCAUUCGUGUCCAAAGACUCUUCGGCCGGUGCUUCCCGAGACGGCGCGAUUGACCAGAAACAUGCGGCCGUUUUGUCUUCGUACAUCAAGGAACUGAAUGCCAAAGUGGAGGGCAUCCAAAAGCUGGUUGCCGAAACCUCCGUCAGCAAGCCCAGGACCCCUAAUGAUCUCGGUGACGUAUGUCAUGGUUUGACACCAAACCCAGCGACCCGGCGAAUCAAGGAAAUCUCGCUUCCCGAGGUCGAGGUAUCGGACUUUAUUCAAUUUAGCCCCGAGGUGACCGAGAGCCUCAAACACCCAACCUUUGACAUCUGGAAAUACAGCGAAGAGGACAUGAUCAGCCUGCUGGCCGAGAUGUUUUCCGUCUUUGGGCUGAUCGAGCAUUUCAAGAUCAACAAGAAGGUCCUCUAUCGCUUCCUGCAGUGCAUCCGCCGCAGCUACAACGUCAAUCCGUUCCACAACUUUAGGCAUUGCUUCUGCGUGUCGCAGAUGAUGUACGGGCUUUUGAACGUUACAGGUGUCCACACCAAGUUGACCCACAUGGAGAAGCUGGUUCUGCUCGUUUCUUGCAUCGGGCACGACCUCGAUCACCCCGGCUACAACAAUGCCUACCAGAUCAAUGCAUCUACCGAAUUGGCCAUCGUUUACAACGACGGUUCGCCACUAGAGAGCCACCAUGCCGCGGUCCUCUUUACGAUUCUAAAGUCGCCCGAGACCAACAUAUUGGCAAACCUGUCCGAGGGCGACUACAAAGAAGCCAGGAAGCACAUCAUCAACUGCAUCUUGGCCACGGACAUGGCCAAGCAUGGCGAAAUCCUGGGAAAGUUCAAGAGCGUGGCCGAUAGCUUCAACUUUGACGACCAGAGCCAGCGACAGUUGCUGCUCCAAAUCAUCAUCAAGUGCGCAGACAUUUCAAACGAAGUCCGGCCAAAGCACGUUUCAGAGCCUUGGGUAGACAAUCUCUUGGAGGAGUUCUUCACGCAGUCUGAUCGGGAGAAGGCCGAGGGCCUUCCGACAGCCCCCUUUAUGGAUCGCCAGAAGGUCACCAAAGGCAGCGCACAGGUUGGAUUUAUCGGGUUCGUGAUGAUUCCGUUGUUUGAGCUGGUUGCCAAGGUACUCCCAAAUAUGGAUGAGCCUGUCAUCCAGCCCAUCAAGAAGGCUCUGGAGUACUACAAGACGCUCCUGGAAAAACCGGCCGCCUGAGCGGCGUAUCCAAAGCGGACUAACGGGGCUCUCUCUGGAGAGAUCAAAUGGAGGCCGCCGAGGCCGAAAUGAGUUUUCCUGGAGGAGCAAAUGGAGAGUGAGCGAAUAUGUGGUUGCGGUGCAUUCAGAGCUGAUGCUUUUGUCUGAGGAAGGACGGCUAUCUAGUUAGAAUGCACCGACACCCACUCACUCGUUUGUUCUUUCCUUUGAGUUUCUCUGAACAGCUUUUGUGGGCUCCGCUUCUCUCGAUGCCCGUGCUUGCGUCUGUGCCUCUGAUUGCUUCUGCCUUCCCUGCAAGCCUGUCCGUCCGCUCACUCAUCUGCUCAUAUCCUCCGAUGCAGAAACAAUAAAUAAAAGUAAACCGGAAACGGGGGGGCCUUUGGAUUGGCUACAUCUUUGCCC